GGAAAUCGUCGUUUGCACCUCCCAUUUCUCUCUCAUCUCUCUUUCUCUCCCUUUUUCCGAUCAACAAUUUUCCCGUACCCUAAUCAUUCAUCACUAUCACAAUUCAGGAAUUAUAGCUUUCUUUCCACUACAUCUUCGAUGAAUUCCCAUCGAUCAUAAAAACGGAAUUCCAUCUGGCUACCUCCGCUUUCUUCAGAUUGUUCUUAUAAUUCCGUCUUAUUCAUCAAGGGACUCAGUCUUAUCAAGAUUGUGAUUGAUCGCUUCAACAAUUGAUAGUAUUAUAGGGUUUUGAUCUUAUCAUCGUAGAUUUUCUAGGGUUGAGUUGUAGUUAAAGAAGUUAAAGCACUUUGUCAUCUAUUUACAAUGGAAUUCUUGGAGAUAAUCUGUACGAGUGUUUAGAUUUUGAUUCGUAGGGGUUAAGUCACUGAUUGCCCCCUCUCCGGGGACCUUUCAGAAGAACUGGGUGCGAAUCAGUCCCGUCAAAGACCGUCGGCAAGGCCGGCUGGUGCCGGUACGGGAUUAUGGUCAUUUUUUAGACCUAGUCCUCCUCGACCAUAUUCCCUUCAAUAUCUCCCACAAAUGGACUUUGUUUUCCGACACACAUCCGAUCACACCUCUCAUCCGCCACCGGAAGCGUCAACAAGCUCACCGACCUCACCUUCCCGGCCUCCACCACCACAACCAUCUUCCAUCGAAGAGCCUGAGUACUUAGCCCGGUACCUUGUUGUCAAACACUCAUGGCGGGGUCGUUACAAGAGGAUACUGUGUAUAUCAAAUUACACUAUAACAACUCUAGAUCCUACGACAUUAUCAGUGACCAAUUCUUACGACGUGAGCAAGGAUUAUGAAGGUGCUUCUCCUGUCAUCGGGAAGGAUGAGAAUACAUUGGAGUUCAAUGUCAAUGUAAGAACUGAUGGACGUGGGAAGUUCAAGGGAACAAAGUUUUCUUCCAGGUACAGAGCAAGUAUAUUGACUGAGUUGCAUAGAAUAAGGUGGAAUAGAAUCGGCACUGUUGCAGAGUUUCCAGUACUCCAUCUUCGAAGAAAGACUGCUGAAUGGGCCGCUUUCAAACUGAAAGUUACAUAUGUUGGAGUUGAACUUACUGAACAAAAAUCUGGGGAUCUGAGAUGGUGUUUGGAUUUUAGAGACAUGGAUUCCCCUGCUAUUAUUCUUCUUUCUGAUGCAUACGGGAGGAAAAAUGCUGAACCUGGAGGUUUUGUUCUCUGUGCUCUUUAUGGAAGAAAAUCUAAAGCUUUUCAAGCUGCCUCAGGGAUUUCAAAUUCUACCAUCGUAGCAAAUUUGACAAAAACUGCAAAGUCAACAGUUGGAGUAUCACUGUCUGUUGACAGCUCUCAAUCACUCACAGUUAGCGAGUAUCUACAACGAAGGGCUAAAGACGGUGUAGGAGCUGAAGAAACUCCUUGUGGUGGUUGGUCUGUAAUGAGACUGCGAACUGCUGCUCAUGGGACACUUGGCGCACCGGGAUUGGGUUUGAUAGUUGGACCGAAAGGUGGACUUGGGGAACAAGGUGAUGCUGUUUCCCGCCAACUUAUCCUAACAAAAGUUUCACUUGUGGAAAGGCGCCCUGAGAAUUAUGAGGCUGUUAUUGUGCGUCCUUUAUCUUCAGUGAGUUCUCUUGUUCGUUUUGCUGAAGAGCCCCAAAUGUUUGCAAUUGAGUUCAAUGAUGGGUGUCCAGUGCAUGUAUAUUCUAGCACAUCUAGAGAUGGUUUACUUGCAGCAGUACGUGAUAUGAUACAAACAGAGGGUCAGUGUUCAAUCCCUGUACUACCUAGACUAACAAUGCCAGGUCAUCCAAUCGAUCCGCCAUGUGGCAGAGCUCACUUACAGUUUCCACAAGUAUCCCAACGUUCACGAGCUGACAUGGAAACCGCCACCAUGCAUUUAAAACACCUGGCGGCAGCCGCCAAAGACGCGGUGGCCGAAAGCGGUUCGAUCCCGGGAUCACGAGCUAAACUCUGGCGAAGAAUACGCGAAUUCAACGCGUGUAUUUCAUACAUUGGAGUCCCUCCAAAUAUCGAAGUCCCUGAAGUUACAUUAAUGGCUUUAAUCACAAUGCUCCCUGCUGCUCCAAAUUUACCCCCAGAGAGUCCACCUCUCCCACCACCUUCACCUAAAGCAGCUGCAACUGUCACAGGCUUUAUCGCGUGUUUAAGAAGAUUAAUGGCUUCCAGAACCGCCACGUCACACGUCAUGUCAUUUCCCGCAGCUGUUGGAAGAAUCAUGGGUUUGUUAAGAAACGGGUCCGAAGGCGUAGCAGCGGAAGCUUCCGAGCUUAUCGCGGUGCUCAUCGGCGGUGGGCCCGGGGAUAACAACUUGUUAACCGACUCGAAAGGCGACCAACAUGCAACAAUCAUGCACACGAAAUCGGUUUUAUUCGCUCACCAGGGUAAUUUAGUAAUUUUGGUCAACCGGUUGAAGUCAAUGUCGGUUUCUCCAUUACUAUCGAUGUCGAUUGUUGAGGUUUUGGAGGCGAUGAUUUGCGAACCACACGGUGAAACCACACAGUACAGUGUGUUUGUUGAGUUGUUACGCCAGGUGGCGGGGCUGAGGCGGCGGUUGUUUGCGUUGUUUGGACACCCGGCCGAGAGUGUACGGGAGACAGUGGCGGUGAUCAUGCGGACAAUCGCGGAAGAAGACGCGAUUGCAGCUGAGUCUAUGAGGGAUGCUGCUUUACGCGAUGGAGCUUUAUUAAGACAUUUGUUAAGUGGUCUUUUUCUUCCUGUUGGUGAAAGAAGAGAAGUGAGUCGACAACUUGUGGCACUUUGGGCGGAUUCUUAUCAACCUGCUCUUGAUUUGCUUUCUAGAGUAUUGCCACCUGGCCUUGUUGCGUAUUUACACACGCGUUCAGAAGGUGAUGCACCUGAAGAAGAUUAUCCGGAAGGCUCGGUUAUGAGCAGUAGAAGGAGACGGUUACUUCAACAAAGAAGGAAUCACACAGUAAAAGGUGUAAAUUCACCUAGAAACAGUGAAUUACCCUCUACAGGUGUGCCUUCCAUUCAGCCUUCUUCCACUGUUUUCACAGGUGAAAACUUGUCAAGUGAAAUCCCCUCGGUUGACCAGUCAACAGUGAUUGGUUCUCCUGAUGUACAAUCGGUUUCUGAUACUUCAUUCCUUGAAUCGGUUGCAACUAAUUCGGUUGAUGUGGAGAACGCGAGUGGGGUCCAGAACUUGGAUUUAAUUGCGCCAGCUCAGAUUGUGAUUGAGAAUACACCGGUUGGAUCAGGGAGAUUGUUGUUGAACUGGUUGGAAUUUUGGCGGGCUUUUAGUCUGGAUCAUAACCGGGCCGACUUGAUUUGGAACGAGCGGACCCGGCAAGAAUUACGUUCGGCUUUACAAGCAGAGGUUCAUAAACUUGAUGUUGAAAAAGAGCGAACCGAAGAUAUUGUUCCUGGGGUUGUAUCUGUAUCUGUAUCCAGUGCACCCUCGGAGACAAACGGAGGGCAAGAUGGUCAACCUCAAAUAUCUUGGAAUUACACCGAGUUUUCUGUUAGGUACCCUAGUCUGUCAAAAGAAGUAUGUGUAGGUCAGUAUUAUUUACGGUUGCUACUUGAAAGUGGGACCAAUGCAAGAGCUGAAAAGUUUCCUUUGCGGGACCCGGUUGCGUUUUUUCGAGCACUGUAUCACCGGUUCUUAUGCGAUGCUGACACUGGACUUACUGUUGAUGGAGCUGUUCCUGAUGAAAUGGGAGCUUCUGAUGACUGGUGUGACAUGGGGAGAUUAGAUGGUUUUGGUGGUGGUGGUGGGUUUUCGGUUAGGGAGCUUUGUGCUAGAGCAAUGGCGAUUGUUUAUGAGCAGCAUUAUGUCACAAUCGGGUCGUUUGAAGGUACAGCACAUAUGACAGUUCUUUUGGAUAGAACUGAUGAUAGAGCAUUGAGGCACCGAUUGCUGCUUCUUCUUAAGGUUUUAAUGAAGGUUUUAUCGAAUGUGGAGGCUUGUGUGCUUGUUGGUGGGUGUGUUUUGGCUGUUGAUUUGUUGACUACAGUUCAUGAAGUCUCUGAAAGAACUGUUAUUCCUUUGCAAUCGAAUCUGAUAGCUGCUUCUGCUUUCAUGGAACCCUUGAAGGAAUGGUUGUAUAUUGAUAAAGAUGGUGCACAGGCGGGCCCGGUUGAGAAAGAUGCUAUUAGAAGGUUUUGGUCAAAGAAAGAUAUUGACUGGACUACAAAAUGCUGGUCUUCUGGAAUGGCAGACUGGAAAAGAUUACGUGAUAUUCGUGAACUUCGUUGGGCACUGGCUGUGCGGGUCCCGGUCCUCACUCCUCCUCAAGUAGGCGAGUCAGCAUUGUCUAUAUUACACAGUAUGGUAUCUUCACAUUCAGAUAUAGAUGAUGCUGGAGAGAUUGUUACCCCAACACCUAGAGUUAAACGAAUCUUAUCAAGCCCACGAUGUCUUCCCCACAUUGCACAGGCCAUGCUUUCUGGGGAGCCGGCUAUUGUGGAGGUUUCAGCUGCUUUGAUAAAAGCUGUUGUUACAAGAAAUCCGAAAGCAAUGAUAAGACUAUACAGUACUGGUGUGUUUUAUUUUGCUUUAGCAUACCCGGGGUCAAAUCUCCUUACAAUUGCUCAACUUUUCUCCACCACCCAUGUCCACCAAGCUUUUCAUGGUGGUGAAGAGGCGGCAGUUUCUUCUUCUCUACCCUUGGCAAAACGAAGUGUGCUCGGAGGGCUUUUACCCGAGUCUUUACUGUAUGUUCUUGAGCGAAGUGGUCCAACUGCAUUUGCUGCAGCAAUGGUGUCUGAUUCUGACACUCCUGAAAUCAUAUGGACACACAAAAUGCGAGCAGACAAUCUCAUCCAUCAAGUUUUGCAGCAUUUAGGCGAUUUCCCACAGAAGUUAUCGCAACAUUGUCAUUGUUUAUAUGACUAUGCUCCUAUGCCACCUGUCACGUAUCCGGAGCUUCGAGAUGAGAUGUGGUGUCACCGUUAUUACCUUCGGAACUUAUGUGAUGAGAUUCUGUUUCCUAAUUGGCCGAUUGUUGAGCAUGUUGAGUUUUUACAGUCGUUGCUUGUGAUGUGGCGGGAGGAGUUGACUAGGAAACCUAUGGAUUUAUCUGAAGAAGAAGCUUGUAAGAUAUUGGAGAUUUCUUUGAGUGAGGUGACUAGAGAUGAAUCUGAUAAAAGUUACUCUAAUGGGAAUUUGGAGGAUAGUUCUAGCUUAUCGAAGCGAAUUGAGAACAUUGAUGAAGAAAAGUUGAAGAGACAGUAUAGAAAGCUUGCAAUGAAGUAUCAUCCGGAUAAAAACCCUCAAGGGAGAGAGAAGUUUCUUGCUGUGCAGAAAGCAUAUGAGCGCCUACAGGCCACAAUGCAAGGUUUACAAGGGCCACAACCAUGGAGAUUGUUGCUUUUACUGAAAGGACAAUGCAUUUUAUAUAGACGAUAUGGAGAUGUUCUUGAACCAUUUAAAUACGCUGGAUACCCAAUGCUAUUAAACGCUGUAACAGUCGAUGACGAUGACACAAAUUUCCUAUCCCCAGAACGUUCCCCUUUACUUGUCGCAGCCUCAGAGCUCACAUGGCUCACGUGUGUAUCUUCAUCAUUAAAUGGGGAAGAGCUUGUAAGAGAUGGAGGCAUACAGCUUCUUGCAAAACUUCUCGCACGCUGCAUGUUAGUGGUUCAACCCACCACACCAGGAAACGAACCAUCUGCCAUCAUAGUGACAAAUGUGAUGCAAACCUUUUCUAGCCUGAGUCAGUUUGAAAGUGCUCGAACCGAGGUCCUUGAGUUAACCGGGUUAGUUGAAGACAUUGUCCACUGUACUGAACUCGAGCUAAUCCCAUCAGCUGUUGAUGCAGCCCUUCAAACUAUCGCUCAUCUCUGCGUGUCAUCCGAGUUACAAAAUGCUUUGUUGAAAGCAGGGGUAUUAUGGUAUUUGUUACCGUUGCUCCUUGAAUACGACUCAACAGCUGAAGAACAUGAUACCACCACAGAGGCACAUGGAGUUGGUGUUAGCGUUCAAACUGCUAAAAAUUUACACGCGAUACGUGCUGCAAACGCCUUGUCUAGGAUUAGUGGCAUGGCUGUUGAAAGCCCAACACCUUAUAAUAAGGAAGCAGCUGAUGCUCUUAAAUCUCUGUUGACUCCUAAACUCGCCAGCAUGUUGAAAGAAGAGCUACCGAAAGACCUUUUGAUAAAAUUAAACUCUAAUUUGGAGUUGCCAGAGAUUAUUUGGAACUCUUCAACACGAGCGGAGUUAUUGAAAUUUGUAGACCAGAAGCGUGCGACAUUAGUACCUGAUGGUUCUUGUACAUUGAAGGAUUCACAUGGCUUCUUAUAUGAAGCUUUGUCGAAAGAGACGCUUAUUGGGAAUGUUUAUUUAAGAGUCUAUAAUGAUCAGCCUGAUUUUGAAAUCAGUGAACCGGAAUCUUUUUGUGUUGCUCUUGUUGAAUUUAUAUCAAAAAUUGUACACAAUGAGAUUGCCAAUGUGCCCGAGUCAACCCAUGAGCUUGAAACCAAUCAUGAUGAAGAGAAAACAACAGAUGAUUCUGUGAACAAGGAUGAUUUGGGUGUGGUUGGCAACCUUCAGCUUGGGCUAACUUCUCUCCAGAAUUUGUUAACAAGCGACCCUAAUUUGGCGUCUGUAUUUUCAUCAAAAGAGAAGCUAUUGCCUAUUUUCGAAUGCUUUUCGGUUCCUGUUCCUUCCGGAAGCAAAAUUCCUCAACUAUGUUUGAGUGUACUUUCACGCUUAACGACACACGCCCCAUGCCUUGAAGCCAUGGUAGCAGACGGGUCUAGUGUCCUUCUUUUGCUGCAAAUGCUUCACUCCUCCGCCAGCUGUCGCGAAGGGGCCCUCCAUGUUCUUUACGCCCUAGCAAGCACACCGGAACUCGCAUGGGCCGCCGCCAAACAUGGCGGCGUUGUGUACAUUCUAGAACUUCUCCUCCCAUUACGCGAAGAGGUGCCAUUACCUCAAAGGGCUGCGGCUGCUUCUUUAUUGGGGAAGCUUGUGGGGCAACCGAUGCAUGGGCCUCGGGUUGCGAUUACACUGGCGAGGUUUUUUCCAGAUGGAUUGGUGUCUGUUAUCAGGGAUGGACCUGGUGAGGCUGUGGUAAGUGCUCUUGAACAGACGACUGAGACUCCAGAGCUUGUAUGGACACCAGCCAUGGCGGCUUCUUUGGCGGCACAAGUUGCAACAAUGGCAUCCGAUGUUUACCAAGAGCAGAUGAAAGGUCGUGUUUUUGAUUGGGAUGUACCUGAACAAGCCUCUACCCAACAGGAACUCAGAGAUGAGCCUCAGGUUGGAGGAAUCUAUGUAAGGCUAUUCUUGAAAGACCCAAAAUUCCCACUGAGAAAUCCGAAAAGAUUCCUGGAAGGACUACUGGAUCAAUAUCUUUCAUCAAUCGCAGCCACACAUCAUGACAUUCAUGGGCCGGAUCCAGAACUCCCACUGCUCUUAUCUGCUGCUUUGGUAUCGUUACUGCGGGUCCACCCUGCACUGGCGGAUCAUGUGGGGUACCUUGGCUAUGUCCCCAAAUUAUUAUCAGCAGUAGCCUUUGAAGCAAGGCGUGAGAUGACCAUGUCAUCAGAAGAAGAAUCAACAAGGGCAGAUGAGAAUCCAUCACAAACACCUCAAGAACUUGUCCGCCUCAGCUGCUUGCGUGUGCUACAUCAACUUGCUGCUAGCACAACAUGUGCAGAAGCCAUGGCUGCUACUAGUGUUGGGACAACUCAGGUGGUUCCAUUGUUAAUGAAAGCUAUUGGAUGGCAAGGUGGAAGUAUACUAGCCCUUGAGACACUAAAGCGUGUGGUGGUUGCUGGAAAUAGGGCACGGGAUGCACUUGUUGCACAAGGUCUUAGGGUUGGGCUGAUUGAAGUACUGCUUGGGCUUCUUGACUGGAGAGCAGGAGGGCGAAAUGGACUUUGUUCUCAAAUGAAAUGGAACGAAAACGAAGCAUCCAUUGGUCGGGUGCUUGCAAUCGAGGUUUUGCAUGCAUUUGCAACAGAAGGAGCACACUGUACUAAAGUUCGCGACAUUCUAGAUUCCUCUGAAGUAUGGGCAGCAUAUAAAGACCAAAAGCAUGACCUUUUCCUUCCUUCAAAUGCUCAAAUAGCAAGUGCUGGGAUCGCUGGACUAAUCGAACAUGCAUCGUCAUCAAGGCUUACUUAUUCCCUAACUGCACCACCACCACACCCUAACUCCUCAACUAAAUCUCCUACUUCUGAGUCAAACGGGGUGUCAUGACCAAGUUAAGUUAGACUCAUGCAACCAUAGGAGGCUACUUUUAAAAAAAGCUUGAAAACUCUUUGAUAAUGUAAAGGACCAAGGAGAGCAUAAAGAUGUUUUUGACCAAGCAAACAAACACACAAGAAAUAACAGGGGUCAUAUUCUUUCCUUGUAUAGCCACCCCACUGUACAGUUUUCUCUCUUGUUGAGAUGAACCUAAGAGAAUUAAUGGUUUGUGUAAAAAACCUUUAUAUCAACUGUUUUUUAUUUUAUUUUUGCAAUAGAUAGGUGAGGUGAUUUUGGUUUUCAUGUAUCUGACAUUGGUUUUGUUUGUGUCGCGUGUACGUAUGUUAAAUUGCUUUCCUUUUUCUCUUGGGCU